AGAAAAUAGGAGAGGAUGAGAGAGAAGGUAUUUCUGGUUUGAAUGAGAUUAGUGAACGCCGCUUUUCUUCUGAUAUCCUCAACCAAACCUCCGUCUAGGGUUUACUCUUCUCCUUUCCGCCGCCCUUUUCUCUCUCAAUUCCGCUUCUCUUCCUCUUCGUCGGCCUCUUCCGUCGCAGUCAUGCCGGGUUCCGAACCAUCGGAGAUUCAGUGGCCAGCGAGGAGAGUCAGGGAUACUUACUUCGAUUUCUUCAAGGGGAAAGGUCACAAGUUCUGGCCAUCAAGCCCCGUUGUUCCUCAUAAUGAUCCCACGCUUCUCUUCGCUAACGCUGGAAUGAACCAGUAUAAGCCAAUAUUUUUGGGAACGGCUGACCCAAAUACUGAGCUCAGCAAGCUAACUCGGGCAUGUAACACCCAGAAGUGUAUCCGUGCUGGUGGGAAGCAUAACGAUCUCGACGAUGUGGGCAAAGAUACUUACCAUCAUACCUUCUUUGAAAUGCUUGGUAAUUGGUCAUUUGGAGAUUAUUUCAAGAAAGAAGCCAUCGAAUGGGCUUGGGAGCUCUUGACCAAGGUCUAUGGGCUACCGACUGAUCGAAUUUACGCUACCUAUUUUGGCGGUGAUGAGAAAGCUGGCCUUCAACCUGAUAAUGAGGCUAGAGAUAUAUGGUUGAAGCUUCUUCCAGCUGGACGUGUGCUGCCCUUUGGUUGCAAAGACAACUUCUGGGAAAUGGGAGACACGGGUCCUUGUGGACCUUGUACUGAGAUACAUUACGAUCGUGUUGGUAACCGUGAUGCUGCAUCCUUAGUUAAUAAUGACGAUCCAACAUGUUUAGAAAUAUGGAAUCUUGUGUUUAUUCAGUUCAACAGAGAAAGCGAUGGCUCGCUAAAACCUCUGCCUGCUAAGCAUGUUGAUACCGGAAUGGGUUUCGAGAGGUUGACUUCUGUUCUUCAGAACAAAAUGAGCAACUAUGAUACAGAUGUGUUCAUGCCUAUCUUUGAUGACAUCCAAAAGGCCACGGGAGCUAGGCCAUAUUCUGGAAAAGUUGGUUUGGAAGAUGUUGACAGAGUUGAUAUGGCAUAUAGAGUUGUUGCUGAUCAUAUUAGAACUCUAUCAUUUGCUAUUGCGGAUGGUUCUCGUCCUGGUAAUGAAGGCCGUGAGUAUGUUCUGCGACGUAUUCUUCGUCGAGCGGUUCGCUAUGGGAAGGAGAUCCUAAAAGCUGAGGAAGGAUUUUUCAACGGACUCGUAAGUUCUGUUAUACGUGUGAUGGGCGAUGUCUUUACGGAGUUGAAAGAGCAUGAGAAAAAGAUCACAGAGAUUAUAAAAGAAGAGGAAGCAAGCUUUUGCAAGACCUUGGCGAAGGGAAUUGAGAAGUUUCGGAAAGCUGGUCAGUCAGUUCAGGGGAAUAUACUGAGUGGAGAAGACGCUUUUCUCUUAUGGGAUACAUUUGGUUUCCCUAUAGACUUGACUCAGUUAAUGGCUGAAGAAAGAGGGUUGCUAGUUGAUGUUGAUGGUUUCAACAAAGCCAUGAAAGAGGCGAAGGAUAGAUCAAAGAAUGCCCAGAAUAAGCAAGCUGGUGCCGCCAUUGUUAUGGAUGCCGAUGCUACAUCAACAUUGCACAAGAUGGGUGUUUCAGCAACAGAUGAUUCUUUCAAAUACGUUUGGUUCCAGGGUCACGAGAGUGAAGUAAAGGGUAUCUACACUGGCUCUGCUUUCCUUGAAAGUUCUGCCAGUGGCAAUAAUGUGGGACUAGUAUUAGCGUCUACAAGUUUCUAUGCUGAGCAGGGUGGUCAGAUUUUUGACACAGGGCUUAUAGAAGGUUCAUUUGGUACAUUCAACGUAUGCAAUGUCCAAAUAUUUGGGGGCUUUGUUCUUCAUAUUGGUCAUCUCUCUACAGAAAAUGGAGAGGUAUCGGUGGGGGAUAAAGUGACUUGCAAGGUUGACUAUGAGAGACGUAAACUCAUCGCUCCUAACCAUACUUGUACACAUAUGUUGAAUUUUGCCCUGAAGGAAGUGCUCGGGGAUCAUAUUGAUCAGAAGGGAUCAAUCGUUCUUCCUGAAAAAUUGCGAUUUGAUUUCUCCCACGGCAAACCGGUUGAUCCUGAAGAUUUGAGAAAGAUCGAAUCUAUAGUGAAUAAACAGAUCAAGGAUGAAUUGGAUGUAUUUUCAAAGGAAUCUGUACUUUCUGAAGCCAAGCGCAUCAAAGGUCUAAGAGCAGUGUUUGGAGAAGUGUACCCUGAUCCUGUCAGAGUGGUGUCCAUUGGGAGACGGGUUGAGGACCUCUUGGCUGACCCUGAAAACGAUGAAUGGUCAUCACUUUCAUCUGAGUUUUGUGGAGGAACCCACAUAACAAACACACGCGAGGCCAAAGCGUUUGCUCUUCUAUCAGAGGAGGGAAUUGCUAAAGGUAUUCGUAGGGUAACUGCUGUGACUACUGAAUGUGCUUUUGAUGCGUUGAAUACGGCGUCAUUGCUUGAAAAAGAAGCAGAGGAUGCGUUCAAAGCGGAAGGAAGUGCACUGGAAAAGAAAGUUGCUACUUUGAAAAGGAGGGUAGACGAAGUAGAUAUCCCAGCAGCCAAAAAGGCAGAUAUCAAGGCCAAGAUUGUUUUGCUUCAGAAUGAAGUGAGAAAAGCUCAAAAGAAAAUAGCCGAGCAAAACCUGAAGAAAUCUGUCGAAGUAGCUACAGAGGCAGCUGAGUCUGCAGCAUCAGAUGGGAAGAUGUUCUGCAUUGUCCAGCUUGAUGUGGGUCUUGAUGCAGCAGCUGUUCGAGAGGCCGUUUCAAAAGUCAUGCAAAAGAAGGGAAUGUCAGUAAUGGUGUUCAGUACUGAUGAAAGCACAAACAAGGCGGUUGUGUGUGCGGGAGUUCCAGAAAAAUCGGAUCAGUUCAAGCAAUUAGACGUCACUGAAUGGCUUACAACUGCAUUGGGUCCUCUAAAAGGGAGAUGCGGGAAAGGGAAAAGUGGUCUCGCAACGGGACAGGGAACGGAUGCUUCUCAAGUGAAUGCAGCUUUGGAUAUGGCUGCAUCGUUUGCAUCAAUGAAGCUCAAUUGAUUUGGUCGGGAGAUUUAAGUAAUCUGUGUCGGCAGAAUAAUGAAUCUCCACUUAUUUGAAUUAUCCACUUAUUUGAAUUAUCACUGUAUACAGUUUUUACACAUCUUUUAAGAAUCUGUUAAUUUUCUCAUUUCUUGUGAUGGAAUUUGUGGUAUUACUACUCUUCAAUCAAAUGUUAGCGAUUGAGAUGUUAUGUUCC